UCAUCCAUUUUCACCAUUGAAACAGAACUAGAGUUUUCUUCAGUAAAAAUUAAUAUGGCCCGUACCAAGCAAACUGCCCGCAAAUCCACUGGUGGAAAAGCACCAAGGAAGCAGCUAGCCACCAAGGCUGCAAGAAAGUCAGCUCCGGCUACUGGAGGAGUGAAGAAGCCUCACCGUUUCAGGCCAGGAACUGUGGCUUUAAGGGAAAUCAGGAAGUACCAGAAGUCUACUGAGUUGUUGAUCAGGAAGCUUCCAUUUCAGAGGCUCGUGAGGGAAAUUGCUCAGGAUUUCAAAACAGAUCUGAGGUUCCUCUCGAAUUCACCCAUUCUUCACAAUCAAAGCAUUUCACAAUCUAUCAAUUUGCUU